CUCUUUUCAUAUUUCUCCGCGAAGACCGGAAAAUAAAUUUAUUUACUGAUUUAAAAUUAGAAAAUCAAAUAAUUGCAAUAAUUGUUAAACUUGUUUUGUUUCAAUUCUAUAAAUAUAUAGUGAUAAAAAAAAGUGUUUUAAUCUGAAAAAAGUAAUAUUAAAAACAUGUCAAACCCGAUUAAAUUGACUCUUUCGAAUGAUAAUAACAUUCUCGUCUGGAAUGCAAAAGAUUGGCUAAAAUUACGACAAGAACAUAGAAUAAUUGGUGAUUUAAUUGGUUGUUUACCAAAAUUACCAAGACAAAGUAUUCUAUCCGGUCUUCCUCUCUCUCUACUUGCCGAGGAAGCAAAAUUAUUAAUUGACAAAGGAAUUGCACGUUUAGUUCAUUAUCCAUUAAUGGAAGAAAAACCAAGUGAAGAUAUAGAGAAAUUAUUUCUCGAAUUUAGGGAAAAAUUGUUUUUAGAACAGGAAGUUUGCCUUAGGAAGGAAAAAGAAAAACAGGUCACAUGUAUGAUGGACAAAAUUGUUGACGGUAAAAGACGUAAAAUUUUAGGAUUAGAAACGUCAAAGAAGAAAUUAAGAAAACCAUUGGAUAAUGAAACGAGAAAAAAAUUAGAAAACAUUGAAAUUGAUAGGCAAAAAUUAUUUGACGAAGAAAUGUCAAAAUUAUCGAAAUUAAAAAAAGAGGAGGCGCUUAUUCAAACAAAUACAGCAUAUCCAUGGGCAACAGAGGAAGACGCUAAAGAUAUCGAUUGGAAUUAUCCAAAUACAGAGGAAGAAAAACUUCGUUAUUGUGUAUUUAAAGAUUUAUGGGAAAAGGAAUUUUUCAUUACCAAUGGUAUUAAAUAUGGAGGUGAUUUUCUCGCAUAUCCAGGUGAUCCAAUUAUGUUUCAUUCGCAAUUUAUAAUUCACUGUAAAGAAAAAACUGACGUAUUUUCCGUUAAUGAAUUCGUCAGUGUUUGUCGAAUUGGAUCGAGCGUAAGAAAAACACAAGUUUUCGCCAGUUUUUCUCAAGAUGAUAGCGAGAAAAUUGAAUAUCAAUCAUUUCAAUGGGCAGAUUCGAAUGCAUUUUAGAUAUAGAUUUUGUAUCUAAUGUUAAUUUUCUUUUUUGUAUUAAUUUAUUAAAACAAAAAUCUUUGUUUAUUUUA